GCUAACGUACAUCGGUAGCUGGGCCGACGUCUGGACAGGGUCAACACUGUCCGCUGCCGCUGCCCGCAGCCCAGCCCGGCUUAUUCCCGCAGGCCGCAGCAACCACAACAAUAGCAGCGGCCGUUAGAAGCCACAACAGGAACAGCCAACAGCAAUAGCGGCACCCGCAACAAAGCAGCAACAUGACGGACGUCGGCAGUUUCACAGCAGUGGCGGCGCUGGUUAUCUUCUGCCUGGCCAUCGUGUUCACACUGCUGCUGGUGUUCAAACCUGUGGCGGUGAACAUUCCGCUGCCGGCCUCGUCACGGCGUAAGCCGCUGCAAAUAGCAAUCAAGUACUACAUCGCGCCGGUCAUUGCGGUGUUGCUGAUGCUGGCGUGCACCUGCAUGACCAUUCAGGAUGUGGGUCGGGGCCUGCUGGGAAACGACCAGAUCAAGCCGUACGGCAUCCUGAUUCUUUUCAUGAGUAUGGCGUACAUCGCGGAAUCGCUGGACGCCACAGGCAUCUUUGCCUGGAUGGCCCUCAAGUUCACAGUCUUGUCGGGCGGGCGCGGCUUUGUGCUGUUCCUGUUCUACUUCCUGUUGUCGUCCUUCAUCACCACCUUCACCAGCAACGACGUCUGCAUUCUGACUCUGACGCCCAUCGUGUGCUAUUUCGCCAAGGCCACCGGAGCAGACCCGAUGCCGUUCCUGUUUGCCGAGUAUGCCGCCGCCAACACCUUCGGCGCGCUUCUGUACACGGGCAACCCCACCAACAUCAUUGUGGCUCAGGCCUACGACAUGACCUUCCUGGGCUACAGCAAGUACAUGACGCUGCCCACAUUCGCCGCCGGCGUGGUGACGUUCCUGGUGUUGCUGCUGGAGUUCCGCUCCUCCAUCCCCCGCCGCAUCCCGCUGCCGGCCGUGGACGCCAGCCACAUGGUCCGCGACCGCUUGGGCGCCGUGUUCGGGUCCGUCAACAUGCUCACGUGCCUGUCACUGCUGGCAGCCGCGCCGACGCUGGGGUGGGAGUUGUGGGCCAUCACGCUGGUGUGCGGCGGCGUGCACGCCGUGUAUAACCUGUGGCCCUUCCGCGCCUCACUGCCGCACGUGUGGGGGCCGCUGUCCGAGUGCUGGUCGUGCGGCGGCGAACGGCUGCAUGGGGAGGAGGGGGAGCACGAGGGAGUCGGCGACAAGAAGGACCGGAGCGGUCGCGGCGGCGGAGCAGAAAACGGAGGCAGUGGACGCAGCAGCGGCAGCAGCGGUGAUAUUGCGAAGGCCGGCAAAGACGUUGGCAAUGACGGUGGCGGUGGCUGGGGGCUGCCGCCGGCAGGUGCGGGGGCGGCGGUGGGCAGCGAAGCUGACAGCAGCGGUGUCGCGGCGUUUGCAUCGCCUGCGUCAGGAAGGCAAAGCCCGGCGGCGGGCGCCGUCGCGCUGACCCCCUGCGUGACGGAGCCGCCGGCGCAGCUGCACGCCAGUCGCUCUGUCCGGCGCAAGCAGGCAAUCGCCAGCUCCGGCAACGGCAACACAGGCGGCGCCGUGGACGAUCCCUUGGUUGCCCCGCUUAUCAACAUGCCUGCCGUCUCGGCGGCGGCGGCGGCGGCGCGCACAGAUUCCGCUCUAGGCACCAGGCCGCUUUUCGAAAGACGGCCCUCGGCGUCCGGCGUGGGGUCGGCAGCAGAUGCGCACUCGCGGCCGGUGGCGGAGGCGAUGGAGGUUACGUCAGCAGCAGUUUCAGAGGCGGCGCCGGUGGUGGCGGCGGCGGCCGGGCUAGCAGCGGGACCGGUGGCGGAGGCGACGGAGACGCCGCCGACGGCGGAGCCGCUGCUGCCUGCCGCCAUUGCUGCUGACGAUGCCGCCGCCGACGGCCGGCCUGCGUUGCCGCCAGGGACGGUCUCCAUCAACAUUGCGACGCCACCUCCGCCGCCGUGCGUCGCCUCCGCCGCCAUUGACGAAUCCACCACCGCCGCGGCCAUCGCAGCCGGUAGCACGGCGCUGUCGCCGUUGUCUGCCGCUGCCGGCACGGGCCCCGUCGCCAUGACAGUUGACGACCUGCGCGGCCGCGCACCCACCUAUUGGGGGCUGCUGUUCGACCUGCCGUGGGAGGUGGUGCCGUUCACGCUGGGCAUGUUCGUGCUGGUGGAGGGGCUGUCGGUGCAGGGCUGGCUGGCUGUGUUUGGUUCGGGCCUGGGCGACGCCUGCCGCACGCUGCCUGCGGCCGUGUUCAUCAUCGGCUUCCUGUCCGUGUUCCUAGCCAACACCAUCAACAACCAGCCCAUGACCAUCCUGCUCACACGCGUGCUGCUCAGCGAGCAGUUCACGUCACGUGUGGGAUACGGCAACACACACAUGGCCUCGCUGUUUGCGCUGGUGCUGGCCAGCAACAUCGGUGCGGUGUUCACGCUCAUCGGCGCCCUGGCCGGCAUCCUGUGGUCAAACAUCCUCGGGCUGCACGGCCUGCGCUGCAGCUACCUACGCUUCCUGCGCGUGUGCUUCCCGGUGGGCUUCGCCUCGCUGGUGGCGGGGCUGGCGGUGCUGUGGUUCGAGUUCGGCGUGUUCCCGCACAGCUAAGAUGCAGCGCUGCGUGGGGGAGGAGCAGGAGGAGGAGGAGGAGGAGGAGGAGGAGCAGGAGGAGGAGGAGUAGCAGGAGGAGGAGGCGUGCGAGGGCCAGACCCGGAGCUCGCUGGACUGACUGCAAGCGGCUGGGGCAGCCACAGCUGAUGAUGCGGGGCAGGGGGGGCAGUUUGGAUUCUGGAGUGCAAGGUGGUGAAAGCGCGGGACGUGGAGCGCACAAUGCUCCAGCAGCGAGGCAGUUUUGUACGGCUCGUGCGGUUGGUGCGGCUCUGAAGAGUCCUAUAUAAGGCGUGUGCGUGUGUGAGGGCGCCCGACGACGAGACAGGGCGGCGGGGCUCACGGGUGCGCCGGGUGAGCAAGCCCGGGCGCCGGAGCCGCCGUUGGCGGCGCGCUGGCGUCGUGCGUUCAGCAUUGGGCAUGUAGCUAGGUGGAGGGCCGCGGCACGCCCGCACGCACGGCGGUCUCCAGGGGGCCACGCACCAGGCGCGAUGCCGAUUUCUGGUGAUGAUGACCUCGAGUGUGGAAUGCGGCGUGACAAUUGACAACAUAUCGUAAUGUAGCGUAUAAAGAGUCAAGU